AUGAAUGGAGCAGUAGAGGCCGCAAAUAAGAACUUAAAGAAAAUAAUCUGUAAGAUGAUUGAGAGACACCGUGAUUGGCACGAAAAACUCCCUUAUGCAUUAAUGGCAUAUAGAACUGCUAUUCGAACUUCCACUGGGACAACUCCCUACAAUCUCAUGUACGGAAUAGAAGUAGUUUUGCCAGCUGAGGUUGAAAUCCCUUCUUUACGCAUUUUAAUAGAAGCCAAACUGGAUGAGGCUGAUUGGAUCAAACAAUGUCAUGAGCAGUUGUCUCUAAUCGAUGAGAAGAAGUUAAAUACCAUUUGUCAUGGUCAAUGUUAUCAAAAGAGGAUAGCCCGUGCUUACAAUAAGAAAGUCAGACCACGCAUAUUCAUGGAAGGAGAUACGGUGUUGAAACACAUUUUGCCAGUACAAGAGGAAGCUAAGGGGAAAUUUGCACCAAAUUAG